AUGCCAUUACAGAAGGAUCCUUUAGCUGAAAAGGCACUUUUGAUAAAAGCCCCCAGAGAAGACAAGCAUGGAAAGAUAUCUCCCCUUAAUCUUGAUGAUAUUCUUGACGAUAUUAAAAAUAAUAAAGGCGACUUUCAAGAGGUUACUAAGAAGGUUCAGAAUGCUGUCGAAGCAGGAAUCUGGAAAAUAGAUAAGUUUACUAAGAAGAUGGAUUUAAAUAUUAUCUAUUACAUAGCUGCUGUUCUUAAUCUACAGGUUAAGAUCUCCUUUAUUAGAGCACAAAUGAGCAAGUCUGAUGUAGAUGUGAUUGUUUCUGAUAUACAUGAAUAUAUUAAGAAACAAUACUCUGCAAGUCCUACCUCUUCCUCUAGUGCAGAGCGUCCACCAGAUUCAAGCCCUGAGAUGUGGUCCCAUAGUAUGAUAGAAGAUGGAGAUCCUGACUGGAUCUUGAAAUGGUGGAAAGUGAAUGCCUUCAACUAUCCCCUAAUGUUGAAAGCUGUAUGA